AUUUUCAGCACAGAAUGGGAAUCGAAUAUGAAGAGUUGAAAAAAGUAGAAGCAGAUGGACUACGGCGUUCAGCAUUCUUUGGGAUCGCAAUUUCAACUGUUGCGACAUUGACAGCAAUUGUUGCCGUACCUAUGCUGUACAAUUAUGUGCAGCAUGUGCAAUCAUCAUUGGAAGGAGAACUCGAAUUUUGCAAGUAUAGGACCGAUGGGCUAUGGGAUGAAUAUCGAAUCAUUGAAGAAGCUACUGGUUUAGAAGGAAGACUGAAACGGGAAGUACGCCAUCGUAAUGCAGGAAGAACAGGACAAAUAUCAGCUCGAGCACGUGGUACAGGCACUUAUUCAAGUGGUGCUGCCGGAUAUUUACCGUCCGAUGCUGAUGUUAAAACCCCAUCACAUACUUCGCAAGGGGAAGACCAGUGCUGCAGUUGCGGAGUUGGAAAUAUAGGACCUCCCGGGCCUCCAGGAAAAGAUGGUGAAAAAGGCGCUGAUGGAGCACCAGGUAAGGACGGCAUCCCAGGAAAGGACGCUCCGCCAGAUGCUGUACCGAAACCCGAAGACGUCUGCUUCGAUUGUCCCGUAGGACCACCAGGACCUCCGGGUGCAGUUGGACCCAAAGGAUUACCUGGACAGGCUGGCGCACCAGGCAAAGAUGGAGAAGCUCCGCUACCUGGACCACCGGGUCCACCCGGACCACAAGGACCACCUGGAGCAUUGGGUGAAAUGGGGCCACCUGGACCACCCGGCUUACCCGGCCAAUUUACAGAGACAUCUGAAGGUGUUGGCCCGCCAGGACCAGUAGGACCGGUGGGACCAGCAGGAUCACCAGGACUGCCUGGUUCACCAGGAAGUGCAAUCUCUGGACCUCCUGGGUUGCCUGGAGAUGCAGGACCUGUUGGCGCUCCAGGAAAUCCCGGAGCACCUGGAGAACCCGGUGAAAUGGGAGUUGGUGGCAGUGCCGGUUCAUGCGACCACUGUGCACCACCACGCACGGCACCUGGAUAUUAAAAUCUCCUGCAAAUUGCUGACUAAAUAUGGCCGCCUUUUAUCGUUUUGGAAACAACGAGAACUUUCUUGGAUUUAAGACUGAUGGAAAACUUUAAAGUUCUAAAUGAUUUAGUUUGUUUUAUUUGAGCAAGGCAUUUCGAAUAAAGUUGUCAACCGAUAUUGCUCAAUUGUGCAGAACGCCAUAAUUCUUGCAAGUGUUCAGAAAGCUAUCACAAAAUUUUCUUAACGAUUGUCCAGAAACGAUGUAAAAUAUAUUUUAUGGGUCGGUCUCUACCUUAAUUUGC